AUGGUGUGGUCCACCACAAUCAAAGCUUCUCCAAGCGAGCAAUACAAAGUUGAAGUGAUGUUCGUUAUCCCAGGACCCGGCCAGCUCGGAGCGUGUAGUACCGUUGACUCGUUCGAGAUCGUCAACUCGAGUAUGCCUCUUCGACAGAAGCAGGGCGUGCCUGUCUGCGUACUGCCCGAACCAGUGUACAAUAGCAACCCGUACUCAACGGAGAAAGUAGAAAUUCGGUGGAACAAGCUGUUCCGGUUUGUACCAGGUCUAAAGAGACUCGAUUUGACCAAGAUUUCACUAGUGAGUAAGCAUACCCCGGAGAUCCUGGAGGCUACAGCGUCACACUGUCGCCACUUGGAAUUCCUGAUUCUACCACGCAAUUUAGAAAAGCGCAGCACAUUGAGCGGUCCAAGCAUCGACAAGGCCAUGACGACCUUGUAUGCAGCUAUGGAGAGAUGGUAUCCCACUGGAGCCUUGAAGCAACUUUCACUUCCAUCAUGGAGCCAGUCGAACCGCUAUCACGGAAGCACAAAGUACAUUGAGAAUGUGACCACCUUCUGUCCAAAGAUCGAGUACCUCGACGGAUACCAGAAAGUGAAAUCGUACUCAGAUGUCCACUACCCUGAGAUGUGGACCAUCUCCCUCGAAACGUGGCGAGCGUUCAAUGCUAAGUGCUCCAACUUGCGGAGCUUCCAUUGGUUUGUCGUGCCCUUUGCUGAUCCAUUCUUCCGCGUGUUUGGAGAGUACGUGAAACCCAAGUUACAAUCGCUGUCACUCUCUGCCGGCAUGAGCUGGAGGUACGAUCGAUAUGUCCGAGACUGCAGUGGACGUAGCGCUGAAGCUGAGGUCGAAGAGGUGACUACUCCCCCGGGCUAUGGCGUCUUUGCCAGUGACGCUCGCGCUGUAUUCCAGGCAUGUCCUGCUCUAACUGACCUCUCGAUCGACAUCGAUUGCCGCCAGAACAAUAAACCUCAAACGCACUACGUUAACUCGGCAGUGUAUGGAGACGAGUUCUGGGAAGCAGUGGCCGAGCACUGUCCGCUUCUCGAGUCCAUCGAGAUGAUAGACGCGUCCGGCUACCAGAAUUUCAAUGUGCAGGCUGUCAAAGAGCUCUCCGACCGUACUUUGACUGCUCUUGCGAGUCUCAAGUACCUCACUGUCAUCGAUCUCUGUGCGGUGCGUUUAACCGGACAAGGAAUCUUCGACUGGCUCUGUCAUGUGACCAAGUUUGAGGAUUAUGUUGGACCCGAACGGAUGCUUAGUGUCUGGAUCGGAGGCCAUCAACGCACCAGACUGGCACAACCUCGUUUCUACGCAGAAAUUGUGGAGCUGUUGAGGCUCUUGUCGGAGAUUAGUGAGGACGCUCUAGGAGCUGCUGCACGUCGUACUAAGCCUCUUAUCUACAUAGGGAACCCGUACGAGUCCAAGGUGUCCCGUAUGUGGAGUGAGUCGUACAUGCGCGAUCAACUAUGGCACACUUCAUCUUCGGACAACACGACUGAGUUUCGGUACUUUUAUCAGUACCUGGUUAAUUAA